AAAGAAAGAAAGAAAGAAAACGUACCCCUUUCCCAUUUUCCUUCUUCCCGUUUCCAAACCCUCUCAUCCCGCCAGCAUCAGUGUCUCUCGUUAAUGCCGGCCCACGCCUGAGGAAAGGCUCCAACAUUGAUAAAGACAGGGGAAUUCAUCUAAUUAGACUGACAGAAGUGCAAGCUCGGAGCUUGUGAAUGGGAACUUCACUAUUUCACAACUAUGGCAGAUUCCUUUACCCAAACUGCUAUUCACGCGCUCAAAAGUUUCCGAAUGGUUUCUUCUCCGUGGUUCUUGAAACAAAAUGUUAUCCUAUGAUAGUUGCGUCUAAGAAUUUGCAGACUGGGUCUUAUGAAGCUGGAGGAAGCUACGUGCCAGUUAAAGAAACUAAAGAACAAUUACUAGCAAAGACAUCUGAAGUUCGAGAAGCAGUUGGUGCAUUUCAAAAACUUCCAAUGGUGAUGCCCUCAGUUGAUAUUUUUCAAUCAGCAUUAAGGAAAGCAAAAAGGAUCCCACCUACAAAAGGAAUAGCUAAUAUUGCAAAGCGUGAGAAAAAUAAAGGAGCUAAACAACUUGAUGCAUUAAUGAAGGAAUUGGCUGUCCCCUUAAGGAUAUACAAAGAGAACUUUCCUAACAAAACACUUCUACACCCUUAUGAACGCUCUCUUAUUGAAUUGACACUUGGAGAUGGUAACUAUGAAGAGGUGCUUAGAAAGGUUGAUGCCUUAAGAAAGAAAGUUGUAUCCAUUGGAAAGGAGCAUGCUUCUCUCUGUGCAAAGUCAACGACAAAGAAAGAAGCGGAGCAGAGAUUAAGUGAGGGAAUGGAGAAGCUUGAAGAAGUUUUCUUUGCAGAUGGAAAAGUGGUCGACAGUUUGUUGAACAAUGCCAAGACUUUAAGGGCAAUGCCAGUAGUUGAUCUGGAAACACCAAUACUUUGUCUCGUGGGAGCUCCUAACGUAGGGAAGUCAUCUUUAGUUCGCAUACUUUCCACUGGGAAGCCUGAGAUCUGCAACUAUCCCUUUACCACCAGAGGAAUUCUAAUGGGGCACAUUGCCUUUAACUAUAAGCAUUUUCAGGUAACAGACACACCUGGUUUACUAAGAAGACACGAUAAUGACAGGAAUAAUUUGGAAAAGUUAACACUUGCUGUUCUUUCUCAUUUACCAACAUCUGUACUCUAUGUUCAUGACUUGUCAGGACAAUGUGGGACCUCUCCCUCAGAUCAGUUUCUGAUAUACAAGGAGAUGAAAGAAAGGUUCAGCGGUCAUCUUUGGCUGGACGUGGUUUCAAAAUGUGAUUUACUUGAGGAAUCUCCGGUAUUUUUCAGCACUGAAAAAUCAGAUGACGGUGAUGUUGAGUUGAUUAAGUACAGGAAGCUGGGUCCUGAUGAAGCUAUCCACGUCUCAGUAAAGAGUGAAGUUGGCCUGAAUGAGUUGAAAAGAAGGGUGCACGAGAUGCUCCUCUGCCAAGGGAACAGGAUCAAAAGCGAAACUAGCGACCAAGAAAACUCUGAAGACCAAUGUGAAAACUCUGAUGACCAAUAUGGCAAACGAUGAAGAAAACUCUGAAGACCAAUGUGUCGUUUAAUUUGGCAUAUUUGUAUGUGGCACGAUGAUCAAUACAAACCAGUUUUAUAGCCACAAGCUGCAUUUAAAUGCCCUUUCCUGCUUUCUUGAUUUUUAACUUAUCUACUGUUGAGUAGUCAUUUUUGUUAGGCAUUGAGAUAAGAUAUUGCAGUCUUUUUUUAAGUCUUUAGCAAAUAAGAGAUUAUAUGUUCAAUACUUUGUAAAAUAUUAUUGGUAGUUAUAAUUCAAUUAAUA